UGAGAAAUGUUUCACCACAAGUUUUUAAAGACUAUCAUGGCGGCGCUCUUGAAGGAUCCCAUGCGGGUGGCCCGGCGAAACUUUUUAACGGCAGCGGUUGUUCGGCCAGACUGUGGCAUCUCCAACGGAAUAAAGGCUGCUGCGGGAACAACCAGAACAGCUCCAUGCGCGUGGUUAUCGCAGUGCAGCCACCACUCGCACUCUGUGACCUCGGCGACGCCUGAAGCACAUCGGAGAGCCUUCAGCUGCGUAUUACCUGUUGCUGGCUCCUCAACUUCCAGAAGAUUAUUACAAAGACUAGGCGUCUUCGGGAGCAACUGGAGACACUACAGUAGUGCGUCAGCGAUUUGUCGCCUUGGUACCUGGCGACAGUUUAAGGGCGAUGCCGCUGCCGGGAGACCAUGGCUCGCACCGUCUACCAGCAAGUUCCAGACUUUUGGGGGAACUGUCACGAACAGUGCGAGGUUUUACUGUGAUCAGCAGAAGCCCGACGAACUUCCAGAAGACGAUCCGCCUAAGGACGAGGGCAGUGUUAUUCAUUAUCCUAAUCAAGGCGUCGGCGCAGUUGCCGCGUUAACUGUGCCGGACAUUUGGCCUCAAGUUCCAGUGAUAGCUGUCAGUAGAAACCCCGUCUUUCCAAGGUUUAUAAAAAUGGUGGAGGUUUCUAACCCGGCACUUGUCGACUUGAUAAGACGAAAAGUUCGCCUCAACCAACCGUAUGCUGGCGUAUUUCUUAAACGGGAUGAAAGUAACGAAUCUGAAGUGGUAGACAAGCUGGAUGACCUGUACAGUGUGGGAACAUUUGUCCAGAUUCAUGAACUGCAGGACCUUGGAGAGAAGCUGCGUAUGAUUGUCAUGGCCCACAGAAGGGUCAAGAUUAUUCGCCAGCUUGUUGAAGAAGGGGAAGAGGCAAAAAAAUCAAACAGAAGAAGGAGACGUCCAAAUGCAAAUGGUCGCGCUACCAAUGCAGUUCCCUCAAGCGAAGUGAUCGAGGAUUCUGCACCGGAAGGGGGACAGGCGCCUCCGCCCACUGUGUCUGUCCCCAUGGGGCCCGUUCUGAUGGCAGAAGUUGAAAAUGUACCUCAUGAAAAGUUUGUCAUCACAGAAGAAAUGAAAGCAGUGACACAGGAGAUAGUCAAGACCAUUCGUGACAUCAUUGCGUUGAAUCCCUUGUACCGAGAAUCCAUACAGCAAAUGAUCCAGGCUGGGCAGCGUGUAGUGGACAACCCUGUCUAUCUCUCUGACCUUGGUGCAGCAUUGACCGGUGCUGAAUCUCACGAGCUUCAACAAAUCCUCGAAGAGACCGAUAUAUCAAAGCGUCUCCUGUUGGCUCUCUCCCUCCUGAAAAAAGAGUAUGAACUUAGCAAACUGCAACAGAAAAUUGGCAAGGAGGUUGAGGAAAAAGUGAAGACCCAGCAUCGGAGGUACAUGCUGCAAGAGCAACUCAAGGCAAUAAAGAAGGAACUGGGCCUUGAAAAGGAUGACAAGGACGCCAUCGAGGAGAAGUUCAAGCAGAGACUGCAGGAUCUGGUUGUCCCGAAACAAGUCAUGGAAGUGAUCGACGAAGAAUUAAAUAAGCUCUCAUUUCUCGACAACCAUUCGUCGGAGUUCAGUGUCACGCGUAAUUACCUUGACUGGCUUACAAGCCUGCCUUGGGGCAAGACAAGUGAGGAAAACUUGGACUUGGCCAGAGCCAAAGAGGUGCUUGAGGAAGACCACUACGGCAUGGAAGAUGUCAAGAAGCGCAUACUGGAAUUUAUUGCUGUGAGUCAACUGAAGGGAACAACUCAGGGAAAGAUCCUCUGCUUUUAUGGUCCUCCUGGUGUUGGAAAGACGAGUAUUGCCCGGUCUAUAGCUCGAGCCCUCAACAGGGAGUACUUCCGAUUUAGUGUUGGAGGUAUGACUGACGUUGCAGAGAUCAAGGGGCACCGCCGUACCUACGUUGGAGCCAUGCCCGGAAAGCUAAUCCAGUGCUUGAAAAAGACAAAAACAGAAAAUCCUUUGGUACUGAUAGAUGAGGUUGAUAAAAUUGGAAGAGGCUAUCAAGGAGACCCAUCAUCUGCUCUCCUAGAAGUUCUUGAUCCCGAACAAAAUUCGAACUUCCUGGAUCACUACCUCGAUGUCAAUGUAGAUCUCUCAAAGAUUUUGUUUAUCUGCACUGCAAAUGUCACAGACACGAUACCAGAACCACUCAAGGAUCGAAUGGAGAUGAUUGAGCUCUCCGGCUACGUUGCCGAAGAAAAGAUGGCCAUUGCCGAGCGUUACCUGAUUCCACAAGCAAGGGCACUUUGCGGCAUCUCUGAGAAUCAAGUGGACGUGAAGCCCGAGUCCUUGCAGCGGCUGAUCAAAUACUACUGCCGAGAAAGUGGUGUGAGAAACUUGCAAAAACAUAUUGAAAAGAUCCUCCGCAAGGCUGCUUUCAAAAUAGUCAGUAAAGAAUGUGAAGUUGUGGAAGUUCAGCCAGAAAACCUCAAUGACUUUGUUGGGAAACCAUUAUUUACUCACGAUCGAAUGUAUGAGGAGACUCCACCCGGUGUUGUGAUGGGUCUUGCAUGGACGGCAAUGGGAGGCUCCACGUUAUACAUAGAGACGGCCGUCCCACGGCCGCUGGAAUCUAGUGGGGACAAGAAGCAGGAAGGCUCACUGCAGCUGACAGGCCACCUCGGUGACGUGAUGAAGGAGAGUGCCAACAUCGCCUACACCUUUGCCAAGGCCUUCCUGUUGCAACAGGAUCCAAAGAACGAUUUCCUCCAGAAAGCUCACGUCCACCUGCAUGUGCCUGAGGGUGCAGUGCCCAAAGAUGGUCCCAGUGCGGGCAUCACUAUGGUAACUGCAAUGCUCUCGCUAGCCUUGAAUAGGCCUGUGAGGCCAGGUGUGGCUAUGACCGGAGAGGUGUCGCUCACAGGGAAGGUACUCCCAGUAGGAGGUAUCAAGGAGAAGACGAUAGCGGCCAAGAGAGUCGGAGUGACGUGCCUCAUACUUCCCGAGGAGAACAAGAAAGAUUACGCUGAACUGCAGAGUUACAUCACGGAAGGCCUGGAAGUCCACUUCGUUGACCACUAUUCCAAAGUGUUUGAUUUUGUAUUUAAAGGCUGAGAAGUUUAUUAGAUGUGUAUAUGUAGUUUGUUGAAGUCAUCUUUCCAUAAGCACGGCAUGAAAAUAGCGCAUUACGUACAAGUUUGCUCUACGCACAUUUCGGUCAUAGAUUAACAAGCUGUUCAGGGCCUGUUACCAAAUAAAUCGGCUUACUUCAUUUUA